AUGAUCGAAGAAGUAGAGGCAGAGAACUUAGACGACGCACCAGAUGUUGACUUCCCCCAUCAAGAUGCAGCUCCAGGCCAUGUUCACCCGCGCCCAUCUCCAGAUACAGACAAUAACCCAGCGCUCAGCAAGACUCGUCGUGUUACAGUCGAGGAAGUCGAAGAUGAAGAUGGGAUGUCGUUCACCAAUAAUGGCCGAUAUUUCGAACCUCGGACAGAUGCUGGCUGGGCACUGCAUGAGGGGGAGACGAGUUUUGAAAAAUAUAGAACAUACCAAGAGGAAGAGGGUGAGGAUCCAUGGUCGCCUUUUGAGGACGAGGAAGAGUGGGAUCUGGCCCACUGGCUCGUCAAGAACCUUGGUCAGACGCGGACCGAAGAAUUCCUGAAACUGCCCAUAACACAAAACCGCAGCAAACUUUCAUUUCAUAACAACCGCUCAUUCUUGCAGCACGUGGAUAAACUUCCACGCGGGCCAGGAUGGAGUUGUAAGAAGGUGACUGUGCGUGGAAACUGCGAGGAUGAAAAAGGCGAAAUGUUGCAAGAAGAGGUUGAAUUGUGGAGCCGGGACCCUGUAGAAUGCGUGAAAGAGCUCAUUGGCAAUCCUGCCUUCAAAGAACAUAUGGCGUACUCACCUGCCAAAGCAUAUGCAGACCGUGCGGGGCAACAUAGAGUCAUCGACGAGAUGUGGACAGCAGACUGGUGGGGCGAGAAACAGAACACCUUGCCAGAGGGUGCAACGAUAGCACCAAUCAUUCUAUCUUCAGACAAAACGUCGUUGUCGCAGUUCCGAGGGGAUAAGUCGGCAUGGCCAGUGUACAUGUCCAUUGGAAACAUUGCUAAAGCAAAAAGGCGCCAAGCAUCAGCACGAGCAACCGUCCUCAUUGGUUACUUACCAGCUAGCAAACUUGACUGUUUCACCCCCGAUGCACGCUCCUUGGCUGGAUACCGCCUCUUCCACCAUUGCAUGGCUCUACUUCUCCAACCUCUCAUCGGUGCUGGAAACGACGGUGUCGAAAUGGUGUGUGCGGACUCGUGGGUUCGUCCGUAUUGUUUGGUCAGUUGUUGCAAAGAGAACCGAUGUCCGAAGUGCCUUGUAGCAGCAAAUGAGCGAGGGGAUGCACUCAACUCGGCAAUGCGUGAUCCAGAGUCAACAAAAGAAAUCUUGCACAAGCGCAAGAUUGGUCAGCAUCCUCCGGAAUUCGAGGCCAAUGGUCUACGCGCCGUUUACAAGCCUUUCUGGGCUGAUCUGCCUCACGCGGACAUUUUUCUAGCUUUCACACCCGACCUUCUGCAUCAACUUCACAAAGGUGUGUUCAAAGACCACCUUGUGAAGUGGUGCAUCAAUAUUAUUGGGGAGGACGAAAUGGACGCACGUUUCAAGGCAAUCCCAAAUUAUCCCGGCCUUCGACACUUCAAGAAAGGGAUAUCGAGUGUGAAGCAGUGGACAGGACGCGAACAUAAAGAGAUGCAGCGAGUAUUUGUUGGCUUAUUGAGCGGGGCAGUACCUAGUCGUGUUUUGGUGGUUGCACGAUCUAUUCUCGACUUCUCGUAUUAUGCCCAGCUGCACAUUCAGACGACUGAGUCCCUCGAAGCCCUACAAACUGCCCUGACUGUAUUUCACGCAAAUAAAGACAUCCUCAAGGAGCUCGCUGUUCGAGAGCAUUUCAACAUACCGAAAUUACACCAGCUCUCUCAUUAUGUGCAGUCCAUCACGUUGUUUGGCGCAGCUGACGGCUUUAACACAGAACUUCCCGAGCGCUUGCACAUUGAUUUCGCAAAGGAUUCAUACCGUGCUAGCAAUAAACGGGACUACGACGCAUACCUGGAUUGGUUGUCACAACAGCCUCACUCAAACCCACAUGACUUCGACGCAGAUUCAGACACGGACUCAGAGUCGGAAACACCAAAUCUUCCCGCCGCUGAACCACUUCAAGCAACCCAUGUCCUUGCAAAAGUCCCCGCACAUCCUCACCAAUCUGUUCAAACCAUCAUAACAGCACACGGUGCUACCGAGUUCCUCCUUGCUCUCCAAUUGUUCUUACUCAAGAAUCUCCCGCACAACACCAUAGUCCCUGGUCUUCAAGACCAAUUCGAUCUUUAUCGUCAAGUGGUGAUUGUGACGCCACCAGAUUUACGAGUUAGCGACUUGCCGUCAGGCCGGAAGCCUGGUACCCCAGCCCAGUUUGACAUGGCAUUGAUAGCAGACAGGCCUCGCUCUUCGCAUUUGCAUACUCUUGAGGGUGUACGAGUAGCCCAAGUUCGCGCUAUUUUCACCCUACCUCACCAGUUCGGCGCAUAUUCCAGAGCCCUCGCUUAUGUCGAGUGGUUCACACCUUUCAAACCACCCGACCCUUCCUCUCGAAUGCGACAGGUCUCGCGCUCAACCCGCCAACUUCGCCGCAACGCUGCUGUAAUCCACGUUGAUGAAAUUGUGCGGCCGUGCCAUUUAAUACCGAGGAUGGGACAAUCAGUAGAUCUGAGGUUGAGAAGCGGAAAUGCAUACGAGGUGGCGAACGAUUUUUAUUUCAACGAGUUCAUUGAUGGCGAAAUGUUUUGCGCAUGUGUUAUAAAGUAA